GCGCCGGCGCAGGAUCAAGCAUUUGUCUCUCAACGCAAGAACCGCGCGCUCGACAGCCGCUAGCGGUUGGUGCAUGAGAUUGAGCGUUCCAAUUUCAAAAACUGUCUUUUAUUUUUUUUAAAUACUUUUUUUUAUAUAUAUAUUUUUUUUAAAUAUAGAAACAGUUAUUUCUGUGAUAGUGCAUGUGAUAAAAUAUUGUGAUUUUUUUAACUGUCUGUGUACUGGACUCAUUAUAGAUUCACAAUGAACGGUGGUAAUUCAACAUUCAACAUGUCUAUCCUGGACUCAUACACCAAAUUCAUGGAGCGCAAUAGCGAUCCGAGAACGGAAAAUUGGUGGCUGAUGUCAGGGCCUGGACCCCUUCUCACGAUCCUGGCUACGUAUCUGUACUUUUGUAAUUCAGUCGGUCCGCGGUACAUGAGAGAUAGGAAACCGUACGAUUUGAAAAAUGUUAUAUUGGUUUAUAACAUAACACAAGUGCUGUUUAGUAUAUUCUUGGUAUAUGAGGGUUUAGUCUCCGGAUGGUGGAAUGACUACAGCUUCUCAUGCCAACCAGUGGAUUACUCGCGUAGUCCGAAAGCUUACAGAAUGGCCGCAGCAGUUUGGUGGUAUUUCAUGGCGAAGAUCGUUGAGCUUCUGGAUACCGUGUUCUUUGUUUUAAGAAAAAAGAAUAGGCAGAUCUCCUUCUUGCAUUUGUACCAUCAUUUCAUAAUGCCGAUUUGUGCUUGGAUUGCAGUCAAAUUUUUACCAGGUGGUCACGGAACACUGUUGGGCGUGAUUAACGCUUUUAUCCACAUUAUUAUGUACACUUACUACUUAAUCUCUGGCCUGGGACCGCAGUACCAGAAGUACCUUUGGUGGAAGAAACACGUCACCACUAUCCAACUGGUACAGUUCGCCAUUGUUUUCUGCCACAACUUCUUCGUCAUGUUCAGCGACUGCAACUAUCCGAAGUUCAUCAAUUUCCUGCUGGCCCUCAACGCGGCUCUCUUCAUCUAUAUGUUUGGAAACUUCUAUUACAAUAACUAUGUGAAAAACACAAAGAAGGUGUCACAAAAUGAGAAUGAAGCAUUAGCGGCCGCCAACGGAAAAACGAAAGAGUCUUAAUGCUUAAUUUCCGUUAUAGUUAUUUAUAAAGUUGGGAGACGCUAGGUUUUCAUAAUUUGUGUGAUAAAUAUCAUUAUUGUAAACUCAAUUACAGUUUAGCAACCGCUCCGACCGCGGCAAGGUGUUGCUGGUUGAUUAACUAUUCAAAUAGUAAGUAAAUGUAUAUUAUGAUAAGUUUAUAACUGAAUAGGAAUGUAUGAUUAAUGGUGUUUUUUUUUUUAAUUUCUGUACCUUAUUCUGUAUGUUGCCAUCACAAAUUAUAAUUAAUAUAGAAUAUAGAUUGUAAAUCAUAUCAUUGUAAUAAAUAUAUCGUCAUAGUCGUAGAAUACUGACGGAUCUGACAAAGAUUACAUAUAAAGAUCCGUCAGUAUUCUACGACUAUGACGAUACUUUUUAAAGCUGUAAAUAUUUUUAAUUAUACGAUUAUUUUAAUGAUCAUGUAUUAUUAGUUAAUAUGUACAUAAUAGUCGUUUUGAAAUGCAAAAUGAAUUUAGUAUGUACAUCAGAGAUUAGAUCAGACACAUGAUAUUAAAAGGAUUCCAUUCACUUAUUAGUUUGUGGGACCCUAAAAAUGUUACAAGUCUGAUUAGGGAUGUGCCACUUUAAUUUAGCCAUUGGAAGUUUUAAAUUCAUUUCGACAUAAAAAAAAAACAAAGUGUAACUAAUACAAUUUAAUAAUGUCAAAUAAUUAUUUGCAUUUGAAGAAAAAUGUACCUAAAAAGCUGAGGGCCAAGGAAUCCUGUCAGAAAGUUAUUAUUUUAUCAAUUAAUUAUACUUUAUUUAGUUAAGUAACCGCCUCAUAACAAUAUUACCAUAGUACAAGUAUAAAUACGUUCGGAAACAAUAGAGGCGCCUCAUGUGUUAAUAUUUUUACAUUUUUUUUAACGUCCCGUCCAGAAAUUUUGUUUAUGUAUACUGUAGAAUAGUAGAUAGCUAGCACAUUCCACGAUAUAAGUAUUUAAGAUAGUUUUAGGGUCAGCGCACAUUGUCGGAGUAGAGGCGAAUUCGACUGGUAACCACUAUAACCUCCUAACUGACACAAAAUAGUUGUGAUAAUUUCUUAUAACUUACCUAUCCUCUUUUCUAUGUUAAACAGCAAAUAUUUUUUACCUUUUCUUCCUCUUAGUGGGAUCACAGACUUCGCCUCAACUCGUAAUAAUUUAUAGUAAAACCAACUACUUUAUUUAGAACGUAUUCCGUAUUUUCUAAAAAUUUUUUUUUUAUGCUAGUUAGAAGUUAUAUUCAUAAUGUAAAGCCACUGCUACUUCGUGCAAGAUUGGGCACAGUCGUGAGCUGGUAGUUUCCUUAGUAGGAAUUUAAGAUGUAUAUCCAAUAUAUAAAGUCAACUGUUCAAUGUCAUCGUUUCUCUCUUCGCCGCUACGUCAUUCUGCAACUCUGCAAUGACACUGUACAAGGAGUAUUGUUAUCAGUGGCGAUGAUGAAAAUGAUCAUUGCAUGAUUGAUCGUACAUUAAAUUAGUAUCUGUCAAUGCUAUUUUAAAAGAGAUUUACUAUGUAAAUCUCUUAUUAAUAUGGCUAUUGUAGGGUACAAUUGUUGUCAAAUAUACAAGAAUACAUUUUAAUGCAUCUAUAUUUAAUUAAAAUUUACAUUAUUAUUAAAUACAAAUCAUUAUAUUUAUAAUAUUAGAUUCUAUUAAUGAUUUCAUUGAUUGACAUCAACAUUUUUUUGUUAUAUUCGAACAAUUAAUAUAUUUUUAUAAUAUUUAUCCAACAACUAUUUGAAUUGUAUCCAAAGAAAGUUUUAUUAAAUGACAUUGUCUUUAAUAGUUCUGAUAAUAAUUAUAUUAAUAGUUACAUAAUAAUUAGAAAUAUAAUACAAUAUAAAAUACCACCCAACCUAAAAUAAGUUUGCGAGUAUAUUUUAGGUGGCAACCCUGUAUCAAAGUGACUGACGCCAUAUUAUAUAUUGUAACUAUUAAUAAUAGAUUUUUUUUAAAAUAAUUGGACUAAUAACUGAAUGCAUGAACAGCUUUUAUAUAUGUACUUUAUAAAUACAUAAUUAUUUUUAUGGUCCAUAUAUAUAUAUAUAUAUAUAUAUAUAUAUAAUAAUCUUAAGGAAUCAUCCGCUAAAAGACUUGUUUAAUGUUAAGAAUGGAAAUAAAGGGAUCAUUUUAUUA